AUGUUGUUUACAUUACGGCAAGCAUGGCAAGAAGGCAGGGAAGAAGAGGAUGCCAAGGAAGCUCUGCGAGACCUGUUUCCAGGAGGAGAAUCGUUGGAUGAGAACCAGAUCUACCAGCUGCUACAGGUCAGAGAGCUUGCGAAGCAAGGCAAGCAGUAUGUUUUGGCCGAGCUGCUUCUUGGCCAUGCCAAGCCAUACUUGGAGAAUCAGGGCCUCACUGUCGAGGACAUCCGCCCAGAUGACUCUACCAAGGCAUAUCGUCUUGUCCCACAUCCCAGAAUAGUGGCGGCAGAACGAGCAGCUGCUCUUGCCGAAGGCACACAAGCACGCUCCAUCGCACGCCAGGCGCUGCAGCAGUCAUUGCUGGCUGAUUCGGAUGAAGCCGCUUCCCACAUCGCCGCAGCUGCAGCCGCUGCUGUGUGGCAAAGGUUGCGGUCGGAGGCCGCUAGGAAGCAGCGUGCUUUACCCGGAAGGCAAGCUGCAGAUUUGGCAAUGGUGCUGGCACUUGUAGGCUGCGCAGACCAGACCCUGUUUAAUGAACUCGCCAGCAUCACGACGAAAGAGAUCGAGCGUACGUCCGGCAAAUCUGCGCUGAUUACUAUGCAGCAGAUUGUAGAAAAGUGCGCAGCAGCCGGCUACAGGCAAUGUGACUAUCCAGCACUCUUCGCGGCGGGUUUAGAGGCGCUGCAGAAACUGAAGUGUCCCAACACGUCCAGCCUUGUGGACCUGCGCACUGGCAACUACACACUGCAUUCGCAGCGGCCAAUGCUGUGGCUUUUUCGGCACGCUAGGCGGCAAGGCCGUAAGAGCAUUCCACCGGCAGAUGCUGCCGCACGAUUCGCCAAAGCUAUUCGAGGAUUGAAUGCUGGGAGUUCCGGAAGCCUGGUGGUUGAUUUGGGUUGUGGCUUUGGCGUUUCUAGUCUGGGGCUGGCGCUGUCGGGUUUCAGCGCGUUGGCUGCUGAUGCUUCUGCACACUGCAUCGGGUUUGCACGUGCUUUAUCGAAGCGUUGGCGGCUUCCUCCGCAAGAAUUGGCGUUUGUACAUGGUGAUGCGCAGGAGGCUCUGCAAAGUGUGAGUGCUCAGUAUCGUGGUGAAGUAUCCUGGGUGCUGAUCAACUUCCCAACUCCGUUUGCCAGCCUCGAUGCAAACAGUGCAAACCUCGGUCACCUGCCAAAGAGCAUGGACUCUUCAGACUUCAUGGCCAACCUGGAGUUAAUCCGAGCAGCGAGAAUGUGCUUGUUAGAGCGAGGAGGACACGGACUGCUUCUGGUACAGAGCAACGUGGAGGACUUAGCUGUCGGGCUACGUGAGCUGGCAGAAGCUGAUGGCUGGGAAGCUGUGGUGGAUGGAUCUCUCGCGCCAGAAGUCAGCGGUGCUGAGGACCCCACGUUGUGGCGUUCGCGGCGACAGCUGCAGCACGAAAGGCGCGGCGGUCGCAGAGCCGUGGGUCCUGGCUGGCUAGCAAGAUCUCCGCUUCCAAGGCUGGCCACCACAGAGACCGAGGCUUACUACAUUGGCGAACACAUGCCGAUUCAUCGCGCAGCGAGCCUGAACGUUUCGCCCUACGACCCGGUGCCCGAAGAGGUCUCUGGCCUUAAGCCAUACCAG